UGACACCCGGAAAUUAUUCCUCACUACCCCGGAAACGACACUAACCUCCCGCCUCCUGAGACGUAAAGCGGAACGACUGAGGCCGAAAGCGAGAUGCCAGUAGCCGUGGGUCCCUACGGACAGUCCCAGCCCACCUGCUUCGACCGCGUGAAGAUGGGCUUCGUGAUGGGCUGCGCCGUGGGCAUGGCGGCCGGGGCGCUGUUCGGCACCUUCUCGUGCCUCAGGAUCGGGAUGCGGGGCCGGGAGCUGAUGGGCGGAAUUGGCAAAACCAUGAUGCAGAGUGGGGGUACCUUCGGAACGUUUAUGGCCAUCGGAAUGGGCAUUCGCUGCUGACCGCGGCGUCUCCAUCUCUCCCAACACCCCCGCACACCUCCUUGUGUAUUAUAAUAAAAGGCUUUGAGUACGUGCGAGUCUUUACUUUGGGGCCAGACUAAUAUUUCAGGAACGGACUUUUAUUGGUCUUAACUUUGGCUGAUAUGCCUAUAAUAUGGAGCAAUUCAAGAUAAUGCAUUUUUGUCUCCAUGUCCAUUUCGUGAUUCAAAGUGGAAGGUUAGACAAGAGGAGGAAAAAUUUGUGAUGCAGUAAAGCAGUGACUUUGUUAUUAGAGGGACCUCCUGCUUGCUUAGCUAUUAUCUUAGAAGUCAUUUCAUUUACCUGGGCCUCAGUCAAUUAAUUCUAAGUAUAGCCCAGAAGUGACACAAUCUUAACCUUAAAUUCAUGCAUUUGAAAGCACCUUUUUUCUGAAAAGUCUACUAGGUUAUGGAGAGGGCAUAUCACCAAGUUCCCAACUUUUAAUCACUGCACAAAACAGGGGAAAAUUUGCUAGCAUCUAAAUAGCAAACAGUAUGGACUUUUUUUUCCCCUUUUGGCAUAUGAUAGCUUUAAUAUUUUAUGUGCAAAAUAAAAAUCAUACAAAUUUACUCAGUGGUGUAUGUCAUACUAAGUAUUGUUUUGACAACAAUGAGCAUGUUGAUCAGCAGAAUAGGUGAACCAUGUAAAAAA